AGCCAUUUGGGCUCGAGCCAUUUCGGCUCCGGCGGCUUCUGUCGCAAAUCAAGGAACUCUCGUCACACAUCUUUGCAAUGCCCCUGAAGUUCACAACUCUGCGCGCUGCAGCAUUGCAUAUCGAGAAAUGCGAUCCAGCAGUGACGGCAGUGGAGUGCGUCUUUGGUGGUGUGGAUGAUCAGGACGUUGUCUUGUUUUCGAAGGCAUUAGAGGGAAGCCAGUAUUUACGAGACUUGACCUUGGGAUACGGAUUGACCCAGUCUGGUAUUGAGCGCCUGGUGGCAUCUAUGGCUCUCAGCCCUUCCCUCAAAGCUGUCAAUUUGGAAGGUAAUCGACGUUUGGGUGCGCGUGGUAUUGCUACUGUUCUGAGGUGUGCACAUUUGAAUAUCAUAUCGCUUGGAUGCUCGGCUUGUGGAAUCUGUGAUGAGGGUUCACACUUGAUGGCCGCGGCCCUGAAAUCAAGCACGUGGAUCCACACCCUGCGCGACUUGUACCUAUCACGGAAUAGUUUGACCGCAAUUGGCGCGGAGCAUGUGGCCAUGCCCUUGGCCCACUGCAGUUCCCUCGCCAGCUUGGAUAUUAGCUGGAAUCGCAAGAUUGGGGCCGUCGGUGUUGCGGCCUUCAUGCAAUCUGGGGCUCCGCUCACCACAUUGGUCUGCCGGGCUUGCGGAAUUUAUGAUGAUAAUGUACAGUUGAUUGCCAAUGCCUUCAACAAGACAGACAUCCAGAUCAGUGCAUUAGAUUUGGGACACAAUGAUCUGCGGACUGGUGUCGGUGCGGAACGACUCUGUGUGGGUUUGGCUUCCAGUUCCACCCUUGACAAACUGAUUCUCGACGGCAACGCAAGACUGGGGGGCAAUGGGAUUGCCACAGUCAUUCGAUUAGCUGGCGAUUUUUUAUCGGCUCUUCACUGCCAGGGCUGCGGAAUCGAGGAUGACGGUAUGAAGUUCGUGUCCACCGCUUUAUCGGGGAAUCGCCACAUACACGAACUGAAUUUGGCUGACAAUUCUAUAUCUGAUAUUGGGGCUCUGCAUCUGAGCCGAGCGUUGCUCAGUAACACCACCCUUUCCGUAUUGAACCUCGGCCGCAACAUUGGUUUAGGAUGCAAGGGUCUUGCGUACAUCAUCGAGAGCGCGGGAGCCUCCGUUUCAUCGAUUCAUCUCACUGAUUGCAGAACAGUUGAUAGCGAUAUUACGUUGGUCGAAACUGCCAUGUAUUCGAAUUGCCACCUCAAAAUCGUUGAUGAUGUCAGAAAUGAGUCCGCCUUGAUGCACUCCCUUAUUCUGCGCAAUAAUCUACUGUCGAGCGACUCUGACUGGGGCGCCGUGCUUGCUACCUUGUCUGACACUGUCAUUGUGAACGAGCUAUUGCUGUGCGUAGGCGUUGAACGGGCUGAUCUUCGGGGCGAUGUUGUUCAAUUGCGUCAAGAGCUGACCAGGGGGGAUCAGUCGAAGUACAGCGCCCCGUCUUGCUCCCUUCGGCAAGCUAUGGGCUUAUGUGCAUAUGAGAGACUGCGGCUGUUACUCCCUCCGACGCUUGACCGGAACCUGCGUGCAAGCAUGGCAAUUGAGUUGUGCAUGCGCCGGCUCACUUGCCGCGCAAAUGGAUUACCGGCGCUGUGGUUGCGGGUCCAAUCCGAGAUAGGGCCCACUCCCAUUUUCCGGUUGCCGCGUCGUGACCGGUGUGUGCUGGUGAUCGGGCCAGGGUUCGGUUUUGGUGCGAACCCACAGCAGAUCCAGAUUCUCCGUGAUGGAGGCUGGCUUGUUCAUACGCCGUGGUUGACAUGUCCCGCCAGUGUCAAUUUCAGCAUGUCGGACUCCAUCGGUACGCUUGUGACCGAAGUUGUCAACCGAGCACCAGAUGCCAUCGUUGCUGCUUCCAAGGGCGGCAGCUAUCUGCUUGAGCUCUGGCGGCUUGGCAUCACCAUACCUGCAGUCUUGAUCAAUGUGCACCCCAAUUGCCAUGCCUUUCCCAGCGAAGCACCAGUGGUUGUCUGCCAUGGCUCCAGGGACACUGUCUAUCAAAGAUCGCUGGACGAUUUGGAGGCGUUGAUGCGCGGUACCAACUCGCAAAAACAUCUUUUGUAUUAUUCUUCUGACAGUGGCGUAUCAAAGGCUGGGAAGUAUUUGCGUUGUGGCGACCAGCAUGUGAUGGAAUCCUUGCAGCAUCACGACCUGCUGAAUAGGCUCGUUGAUGCCGCCAUUUCUACAGGAUCCGUUGGACCACUGUCUUCUCCUGACCAGCACCUAAUCGAGACGUGGCGAGGGUUCGUUACGGAUACGCGCCGCCGCGCUGAACAGUUUCUUGGUUUCAGCCCCGGAUAUUUACAGCGCUUUUGGAAGACGGAGUCGUUUGCGCGUGAUGGUGAGAACUGUUUGCAUAGCGUGGAUGAGCUCUCCCAGGAAUUUGCCGCAGUGCGAGACAUAUUCCUGGCAGAACCACCGCAGUCGAGACGAACUGGCCUCUACGACAGGAGUGGUGGUUGGGGAAGCACUUGUGUGAAAAGAGUCCAGAGGAUCGAAAAUGGUGCAUUGCACUUGAGUUUGCAGGCGAAGUAUGAUGGUCUCGUCACGUCACUCAGGCUUCAAGAGGUACCCUUCAAAGCAGAUAUCCACAUGCGUUGGUUGUUUCAUGGUCCAGGCACCAUGGGGGCAGUAGAUUCAAUUUCAAAUGGGCUGGAUGGCUUCAACCCGUUGAUGACCGGAUCAACCUUCAGUCCAGUUUGGGGUUCGGGAGUUUAUUUUGCUGUUGACGGCCAGUACGCCUCCAGCCCACCGUAUGCUGCAGUCCUCCCAACGGGCGACAAGCAGAUAUUCUUAUGUUUGGUGGCCACAGGUAUGCCAUGCACUGCCAGUGCCGACCGCACCGGCACGAGAUGCUUGCUCCCCUUUCGGCGCGGGAAGCAGCGGUACAACUCUACCGUGGACAGCCUGUCGAACCCAGAGAUAGUCGUGGUUCAGAACGGCAGCCAGGCCUUGCCAGCUUAUCUGAUAACAUUCUCAGAGGCCCGCUGACCCUCGCCUCGCCAAUAUUCUUGCUUCAGCGAGCGGCGCUCGUCUCGCCAGUGUUUGCCCGACCCGCCCGCCCCUGUGAGCCAGCACGCAGGCGGCUCUCCCUCCCUUUUCCUUCUGGGGCCCGACCUAAUUCUGGGGUGUCGAGACACUGGCAGAUGGCCCGGCUCACGCGCCGACGGACGCGCAGACGUGCCGGAGAGCCAGACGCCUCUCCUCCGCUUCCCGCCCUCUCUCUCUUCCCGCUGCCCGGCUGCGGAGCAGAGCCGGAGCUGUGGCAUCGCUGACCCAGCAGGUGUCCCCUCUCCCCCCUCCCCCCUCCCUCCUCCUCCCUCCUCCCUCCUCCCUCCUCCCUCCUCCUCCCUCCUCCUCCUCCUCCUCAUCCUCCUCCUCUUCCCGCUCUCUUUUCCCGUUGCCCGGCUGCCGAGAAGAGCCGGAGCUGUGGAAUCGCUGACCCACAGGUGGUCCUUGAGCUGGCGCCCGCGCAGCUUGUGCUGCCGAGAAAGGUUGUGGCUGCGGAGGCGCCGGCCUAGGUGCUGAUCUGUUGACAUCGGCGCCCCCAAUGGCUUUCUGGUCAAAAGAGGCCGCGCCUCUGAAUUGUCUCACUCAUCUUCCCUAUACUCAUUUGAGGUCGCUUACUGAAUUGGUUGAGGAGGGGGGAGUCCUCCUCAUCAUGCUUGUCCCUCCUCCCUCCCUCCAUCCCUCCCUUAUCCCUCUUCUUCUUGGAGUUCUUGAAGUCCCUCGAUGACUG